CUUUUCUGCUACGACUGUCUGCUGACCGUUUCAGAGGAGAUUGCACAUAUCUGGAGGCGUAAAUUCUCGCUGACCACCUAUCUCUACCUCAUAAACAGAUACAUCAUGUUUGCCAACCGCCUCGCACGCUUCGCUGGCAUGGCAUCACGGCUGCACCAAGCUCCAAGUCACGCUGACGAUAAUCUUGACACCAUGGCAACUUCGCCGCAAAGCCUAAUUCACCCUCGCCCGGCAGCGUUUUCUGCUCUGCGCAUAUAUGGGAUAUCUAACAGAAGCUGCAUAUCGGCUGCGCUUGUGCUGGCGAUAGGACUUGUGGGACCCGGCGUGAACUUUGUA